AUGCUAGAGACAUCCAGUUGUAUCCAGACUGUGAAUUGGCUAAAGCCUAUUUCUACUUACGGAUAUCGCUCUGUUGCUACCGAUCAACUAAGAGACAAACAGAAAGAGCUAGCAGCUCAGCUUGCAGCUAUCAGAGAGGAUGUCGCCUUAAACCGUUCAAGGUGCGAGAUUUUACAGAAGGAGAAGGAGGAGCUUGAAGUAAAACUUGCUACUGAUGUGAGGGAGCUUAAAUUUCAACAGCAAGCUGACCUUGAAGAACUGAAGGAACGCUUUAACUCCCAAUGCAUCCAGGAAAUUGAACGCGUAAAAGAGGAGCAUGACAUCCUUCUCAAAGAAAUUCAAUUCCAUCACCAGGAGCAGAUCAAAACACUAUCUGCUAAUCAUGAGGCCGUCCUGGCAGAGGUGAAACUUUCCCAUUCUGCCGCCAUUCAAUCGAUGAGCGAUGACCAUGAGAGACUGGUUGAUGAAUUGAAAGAAAGCCAUGAAUAUGAAAUGAAACAGCAUGAGGACAACUUUGAAAAACUUCGGUUGUCAUUACAGGACCAGGUGGACACACUAACAUUCCAAAAUCGUUCACUUAAAGACAAAAUAACAUGGCUGGAAGACUCUUUAAAGAAGAGCACUAAAGAGCAGCUUCAGGUUGCGUUAGCACCUUAUCAGUACUUGGAACAAGAUCUAAACAGUAUGAAGGCAGUGCUUGACCUGAAGAAUGAAUUGAUUCGGAAGAAGGAGAAACGAAUCAUGGAAUUGGAAAUGCUGGCUGAGACAAACUUCAUUCUGGAGAAAAAGGUCCAAAUUCUUCAGCAGAAAAAUGAAGACCUGAGUGCACAGAUUGAUAGAAACACCGAAGUGACACGGCAAUUAUCUGCUGAAAACACCCAUCUGCGUGAGAACAUAGAGAAAGAGAUCAGGGAAAAGAAACAACUGAGCAUGACGAACGAAGAGCUUGUUUGGAAGCUUCAGAAUGCAAAGGCCCAACCAACUGCCUUUGUUCCCUAUUGAUCGUUCAACAUCUAAAUCUGUGUCUCACGUGAAAGUCAGCUCCACAAAAUGAGACACUCUACUGAAUCAAUGUAUUUCUGAUAACACCAACAGAACCUGCUAUUUUUUAUG